ACUGCAGAACCUACAACGACUACUACUACUGCAGAACCUACCGCCACAACUACUACUGCAGAACCUACGACCACCACUACUGCAGAAGCUACCACGACUACUACUACUGCAGAACCUACAACCACUACUACUGCAGAACCUACGACCACUACUACUGGAGAACCUACUGCAACUACUACUACUGCAGAACCUACCACGACAACUACUACUGUAGAACCUACCACGACUACUACUACUGCAGAACCUACCACGACAACUACUACUGUAGAACCUACCACGACUUCUACUACUGUAGAACCUACGACCACAGCUACUGCAAAACCUACCCCCACUACUACUACUGCAGAACCUACAACCACUUCUACUACAGAACCUACCACAACUACUACUACUGCAGAACCUAGCACGACUACUACUACUGCAGAACCUACAACCACUACUACUGCAGAACCUACCACGACUACUACUACUGCAGAACCUACCACGACUAUUACUACUGCAGAACCUACCGCCACUACUACUACUGUAGAACCUACAACCACUUCUACUGCAGAACCUACCACCACCACUACUGCAGAACCUACUGCCACUAGUACUACUGCAGAUCCUACAACCAAUACUACUGCAGAACCUACCCAAACUACUACUACUGCAGAACCCACCACGACUACUACUACUGCAGAACCUACCACCACAGCCACUGAAGAACCUACCGCCACUACUACUACUGCAGAACCUACAACCACUUCUACUGCAGAACCUGCCACCACCAGUACUGCAGAACCUACUGCCACUACUACUACUGUAGAACCUACCACCACUACUACUACUGCAGAACCUACAACCACUCCUACUGCAGAACCUACGACCACUACUACUGCAGAACCUACCACGACUACUACUACUGUAGAAACUACUACUGUAGAACCUACAACGACUACUACUACUGCAGAACCUACAACCACUACUACUGCAGAGCCUACAACUACUUUUACUGCAGAACCUACCACCACCACUACUGCAGAACCUACUGCCACAACUACUACUGUAGAACCUACUACGACUACUACUACUGCAGAACCAACCGCCACUACUACUACUGCAGAACCUACAACCACCACUACUGCAGAACCUACCACGACUACUACUACUGCAGAGCCUACGACCACUACUACUGCAGAACCUACCCAAAUUACUACUAAUGCAGAACCUACCACGACAACUACUACUGUAGAACCUACCACGACUACUACUACUGCAGAACCUACCACGACAACUACUACUGUAGAACCUACCACGACCACUACUACUGCAGAAGCUACCACCACUACUACCGCAACCACCACCACUACUACUACUGCAGAACCUACAACCACUACUACUGCAGAACCUUCCCAAACUACUACUACUGCAGAACCUACAACGACUACUACUACUGCAGAACCUACCGCCACAACUACUACUGCAGAACCUACGACCACCACUACUACAGAACCUACCACGACUACUACUAUUGCAGAACCUACAACCACUACUACUGCAGAACCUACGACCACUACUACUGGAGAACCUACUGCAACUACUACUACUGCAGAACCUAUCACGACAACUACUACUGUAGAACCUACCACGAAAACUACUACUGUAGAACCUAUCACGACUACUACUACUGUAGAACCUACCACCACAGCUACUGCAGAACCUACCGCCACUACUACUACUGCAGAACCUACAACCACUUCUACUGCAGAACCUACCACAACUACUACUACUGCAGAACCUGCAACCACUACUACUGCAAAACCUACCACUACUACUACUACUGCAGAACCUACCACCACAGCUAUUGCAGAACCUACCGCCACUACUACUAAACCUACCACGACUACUACAACUGUGGAACUUCCCACCGCUACUACUACUGUAGAACCUCCCACCACUACUACUACCGCAGAACCUACCACGAAACCUACUACUGUAGAACCUACCACGACUACUACUACUGCAAAACCUACAAUCACUACUACAGCAGAACCUACCACCACUACUACUGCAGAACCUACCACGACUACUACUACUGCAGAACCUACGACCACCACUACUACAGAGCCUAUCACCACUACUACUUCUGUAGAACCUCCCACCACUACUACUACCGCAGAACCCACCACAAUAACUACUAAUGUAGAACCUCCCACGACAACUACUACUGCAGAACCUACCCCCACUACUACUACUGCAGAACCUACCACCACUACUACUGCAGAACCUACCACUACAGCUACUGCAGUACCUACCGCCACUACUACUACUGCAGAACGUACAACCACUUCUACUGCAGAACCUACCACCACCACCAAUGCAGAACCUACUGCCACUACUACUACUACAGAACCUCCCACCACUACUACUACCGCAGAACCUACCACGACAACUACUACUGUAGAACCUACAACGACUACUACUACUGCAGAACCUACCACCACUACUACUGCAGAACCUACCACCACUACUACUACAGCAGAACCUACCACGACUAUUACCGCCACUACUACUAUUGCAGAACCUACCACCACUUCUACUACUACAGAACCUCCCACCACUACUACUACCGCAGAACCCAUCACGACAACUACUACUGCAGAACCUACAACCACUACUACUGCAGAACCUACCACCACAGCUACUGCAGAACCUACCGCCACUACUACUAUUGCAGAACCUACCACCACUAUUACUACUACAGAACCUACCACCACUACUACUGCAGAACCUACCACGACUACUACUACUGCAGAACCUACGACCACCACUACUGCAGAACCUACCACGACUACUACUAUUGCAGACCCUACAACCACUACUACUGCAGAAGCCACCACCACUACUACUACUGCAGAAGCUACAACCACUACUACUACUACAGAACCGACCACCACUACUACUGCAGAACCUACUGCGACUACUACUACUGCAGAAGCUACUACCACUACUACUGCAGAACCUACCACCACUACCACUACUACAGAACCUACCACCACUACUACUGCAGAACCUACCACGAGUACUACCACCACUGUGGAAACUCCCACCACUACUUCUACUGUAGAACCUCCCACCACUACUACUACCGCAAAACCUACCACGAAACCUACUACUGUAGAACCUACAACGACUACUACUACUGCAGAACCUACAACCACUACUAAUGCAGAACCUACGACGACUACUACUACUGCAGAACCUACCACGACAACUACUACUGUAAAACCUACCACGACUACUACUACUGUAGAGCCUACCACCACAGCUACUGCAGAACCUACUGCCACUACCACUAAUGCAGAACCUACAACCACUUCUACUACAGAAUAUACAUCCACCACUACUGCAGAACCUACUGCCACUACUACUACUGCAGAACCUCCCACCACUACUUCUACCGCAGAACCUACCACGACAACUACUACUCUAGAACCUUCUACGACUACUACUACUGCAGAACCUACCACCACUACUACCGUAGAACCUACCACCACUACUACUGCAGAACCUACCACCACUACAACUACUGCAGAACCUACCACCACUACAACUACUGCAGAACCUACCACCACUACAACUACUGUAGAACCUACCACCACUACUACUGCAGAACCUACUGCGACUACUACUACUGCAGAACCUACCACCACUACUACUGCAGAACCUACCACUACUACUACUACAGAACCUACCACCACUACUACUGCAGAACCUACGACGACUACUACUACUGUAGAACCUACCACAACUACUACUACUGCAGAACCUAACACCACUACUACUACUGCAAAACCUACCACCACUACUACUGCAGAACCUAAAGCCAGUACUACUACUGCAGAACCUACCACAACAACUACUACCGUAGAACCCACCAUCACUGCUACUGCAGAACCUAUCACAACUACUACUACUGUAGAACCUACAACCACUACCACUGCAGAACCUACGACCACUACUACUGGAGAACCUACUGCAACUACUACUACUGCAGAACCUAUCACGACAACUACUACUGUAGAACCUAUCACGGCUACUACUACUGCAGAACCUACCACGAAAACUACUACUGUAGAACCUAUCACGACUACUACUACUGUAGAACCUACCACCACAACUACUGCAGAACCUACCGCCACUACUACUACUGCAGAACCUACAACCACUUCUACUGCAGAACCUACCACAACUACUACUACUGCAGAACCUACAACGACUACUACUACUGCAGAACCUACUACCACAGCUAUUGCAGAACCUACCGCCACUACUACUACUGAAGAACCUACAACCACUUCUACUGCAGAACCUACCACCAGCACUUCUGCAGAACCUACCCAAACUACUACUACUGCAGAACCUCCCACCACUACUACUACCGCAGAACCUACCACGACAACUACUACUGCAGAACCUACAACCACUACUACUGCAGAACCUACCACCACAGCUACUGCAGAACCUACCGAAACUACUACUAUUGCAGAACCUACCACGACUACUACUACUGCAGAACCUACCACCACAGCUGCUGCAGAACCUACCGCCACUACUACUACUGCAGAACCUACCACCAUUACUACUACUGCAGAACCUACCACCACUACUACAUUUGCAGAACCUACCACCACCACUACUGCAGAACCUACUGCCACUACUACUACUGCAGAACCUACGACCACCACUACUAUAGAACCCUUCACGACUACUACUACUGCAGAAUCUACAACCACUACUACUGCAGAAGCUACCACCUCUACUACUGCAGAACCUACCACCACCACUACUACUGUGGAACCUCCCACCACUACUACUACUGUAGAACCUCCCACAACUACUAUUACCGCAGAACCUACCACGAAAACUACUACCGUUGAACCUACAACGACUACUACUACUGCAGAACCUACAACCACUACUACUGAAGAAGCUACCACCACUACUACUGCAGAACCUACCACGACUACUACUACUGCAGAACCUACAACCACUACUACUGCAGAACCUACCCAAACUACUAUUACUGCAGAACCUACCGCCACUACUACUACUGCAGAACCUACAACAACUACUACUACUGCAGAACCUACCACGAAACCUACUACUGCAGAACCUACCACCACUACUACUACUGCAGAACCUACCACUACAACUACUACUGUAGAACCUACCACGACUACUACUACUGCAGAACCUACCACCACAGCUACUGCAGAACCUACCGCCACUACUACUACUGCAGAACCUACAACAACUACUACUACUGCAGAACCUACCACCAUUACUACUACUGCAGAACCUACCUCCACUACUACUAUUGCAGAACCUACCACCACCACUACUGCAGAACCUACUGCCACUACUACUACUGCAGAACCUACAACCACUACUACUGCAGAACCUACCACGACUACUACUACUGUGGAACUUCCCACCACUACUACUACUGUAGAACCUCCCACCACUACUACUACCGCAGAACCUACCACGAAACCUACUACUGUAGAACCUACAACGACUACUACUACUGCAGAACCUACCACCACUACUACUGCAGAACCUACCACCACUACUACUACUGCAGAACCUACCACGACUAUUACCGCCACUACUACUAUUGCAGAACCUACCACCACUACUACUACUACAGAACCUCCCACCACUACUACUACCGCAGAACCUACCACAACAACUACUACUGCAGAACCUACAACCACUACUACUGCAGAACCUACCACCACAGCUACUGCAGAACCUACCGCCACUACUACUAUUGCAGAACCUACCACCACUACUACUACUGCAGAACCUACCACCACUACUACUGCAGAACCUACCACGACUACUACUACUGCAGAACCUACGACCACCACUACUGCAGAACCUACCACGACUACUGCUACUGCAGAACCUACAACCACUAUUACUGCAGAAGCUACCACCACUACUACUGCACAACUUACCACGACUACUACUACUGCAGAAGCUACCACCACUACUACUGUAGAACCUACCACCACUACCACUACUACAGAACCUACCACCACUACUACUGCAGAACCUACCACGACUACUACCACUGUGGAAACUCCCACCACUACUUCUACUGUAGAACCUCCCACCACUACUACUACCGCAAAACCUACCACGAAACCUACUACUGUAGAACCUACAACCACUACUACUACUGCAGAACCUACAACCACUACUACUGCAGAACCUACCCAAACUACUACUACUGCAGAACCUACCACCACUACUACUUCAGAACCUACUACUACUGCAGAACCUACCACCACUUCUACUACUGCAGAACCUACCACCACUACAACUACAGUGAAGCAAUUGGAACUGCUUGCCAGCGGCCCGGAUACCGACGACUCGAUGUUUACGGGAGAUGACGAACUAAGAUCUGUUAAUGUCCAAUAUGGCUAUCCGAUGGGAAGUUCUCGUGUCAACCAGAUUUACAUUUCCACCAACGGUUACCUAGCCAUCGGGGAAUACUACAACAGCUUUUCCCCGCAGAGCUUAGACAGUGUACAGUACAGUCUGCCUGGAAUCAUUUGCCCUUUCUGGUCGGAUUCGGUAGCAUCGGGCGUUGGCGAAGAAUCAUUUGUUUACUACAAAACGUCCACAAAAGACUUGACUAGCUCAUCUUAUGCAACCGUCCCGCAAAUAGAUCGUAAAUGGUUCAAAGAGGUAGAUCAAUAUAUUCAAAAGUCCAUGCGCUACUAUGACUUCCAGGCUCGCUGGAUUCUGAAGGUUACGUGGAGAAACCUCAGGCCCUAUGGUUCAGGGAGUAACUCCGAGGAGAGAAACACCUUCCAAGUCUUCCUGGCAACAGACUACAUCACUUCGUUCACCGGAUUUCUCUAUGGUACAGGCCAGAUGACCUGGGAUCAGUCUAACAUCUACCGUGUCCCAACAGUCGGGCUAUCGUCAAAUACCUUUCUCCCUUAUAACCGCUACUCCAAUACCACACAGGCCUUUCGACUCGAUCGCUAUGAAGGAAAUACAGGUCAAAUCGGCAUUUGGAUGUAUCGCCUGGAUCACAACACACAAGUCAGCCGGAGCUCGACAAUUCAGUGCAUUCAGUGGUACAUUCAGGAGGCACAGCGGAGGGACGAGAUACAGUUUCUGAAUAGAUGGCUCUUACCGUGCCCUUGUACCGGCUUCAUGGCUUGGCUCGACUGGAGCUUCAUUGGUAUAGGAGGCAACUGCUAUACGCAGCUCUUCAACUCCUUUGGACGCUCUGGGACACGGAUAUGUUGUUACUCGAGUUUUUUCGGCUUUCUGCUCACCUCGGGUAGAUCUCGCAGUGCUCUGGCUCGGUUCCACCCUUUGUUCAACCCUCAGUUCCAUUACCUGUAUGACGUAAAACCCCGUCAAGAUUGCUGUCACAGAUCGAACCUGUGUAGCCUGUACGUAGAUCUCAGGCCUAUUAACAGAUGCCGGUUUUACUUUCCUCCUUUCUUUGCUUUCUUUUGGGGUGAUCCUCACAUUAAGACGCUGGAUGGUAAAGGAUACACAUUUAACGGAUGGGGCGAGUUCACCAUGCUAAAUGUGAUCAUGAAGGACGGAGAUAUCUUACGCCAGGCGAUACAAGGGCGAACAGCCCGCGCCCUUGACUCCGAUGGCAAUUUCACGGACGCUACAGUUUUCAGUGCAUUUGCUGCCAAGGAUUUUGAGAACAACGCAACGUUUCAUGUAGAGCUGACACGUCUAAAAGACGGCAUGAAUGUGUACGGCAAUGGUCAAGACUACACUCUUCAGUUCCGACAAAACCCAGCUUUCCAACAACAGACAAGCAGUUUAGGGCUGCGGCGCGCCGGCAACAGUAGUGUCAUUAUCAGCUUCACAAACGGAAUAAACGUGAACAUCACAUAUCAGCAAGGUUUACUAGACAUGUCUGUUUCUGUGCCACGGGACUUUAACAAUACUUACCGAACACUCGGGCUCCUAGGUGUUCUAGAUGGUAACCCUGACAACGACUUCACCCUUCCUAAUGGAACAACGAUUAGUUCCAACGCAUCCGAACAGGAAAUCUAUGAUGGAUUCGGAAUCUACUGGCAAAUUAAUGUGAAUGAGUCAUACUUUCGCUACCGGGCCGGAGAGAAGGCGGAGGACCACGUGCACCCGGAUUUCCGGCCACGUUUCUUGGAGGAUUAUACGGAGGAUGACCAGAUGAUGGCUAAAAUGAAGUGUGGGGACAACAUCGAAUGUCAGUUUGACUUCCUGGCCACAGGAAACGAGGAUGUGGCCUUAGCGUCCUUAAAAACCAGUGUUGAUUCGGAUACCAAUGCCAAAACCCUAAAGAGCUGA